AUGCUCGAGAACGCCGCCGAGAACGUCAGGCGAUACGCUCCUCCAUCGCAAAGGCAAUGUUCCUGUCUGCUCAACGCUCACCUCCUUCCCCUUCACGGCAUGGUUCUCCUUUGAAUGGCGCGCUUUCUCGUCGCCCGCCCGUUUUCUCGGGACCGGGAGUAUUGGCUCAUCUUUCUGCAUGCCUGGUUCCUUGAUUAUCAUCGUCGACUUGGUUUGUUAGGGUUUGGUCUUCCUUUCUACCUGGAUCGCGGAUGUUCUUAUUUUCGUUUAUUCCCUUUCCAAUGGCCUACGAAUCAAGUGGAAGUUACGCCUCCGCGAGGUUGUCGUUUUUCUGCUGAUCCUAUUCACCGAUCUGCAGCUGACAUACUUUGGGUGACUUUGUUCCAGGAACCGUGCGCUCGGUCGACGAAAAUCUGGAGGUGGGUUGCCAUGUGCAUCCUUCUGUUCUGAUUCAUUGUGAGCAGUGUAUGUGGAUCUCGGCACAAUAUGUUGCUAAAGGGGGAACUCAUUCUGCAUGGAAAUACUAAACCGCUCUAUUUUCUUGUUUGGCUAGUCUUAAUACUUUACUUUAUAAAAGCAUUACGUGGUCCAUUAACCAAAAAAUCCUUUUCACCUCUUCCGAGUUUGGGCAGCCUCAGUUGCAUAAGGAAGAGGUUUAGUACAUAUCCCUAUUACUGUUCCCAUUCGAAGCUCUCUCUCUCCCCCUCUCCCUCUUCCUCUCCCUCUCACUCUCACUCUCACUCUCACUCUCACUCGCUUUCACUUACUCUCACUUACUCACUCACUCACUCACUCACUCCCGUAUUACUGUAUGCUAUCUUGUGCCAUUGAAAAUGGAAGUCCGUGCUUACCAGUUAAAUUCUCUAGUCGAAGAUCGAUGUAGGAUGUCAUCGAUUUAUUUCACCUACAGACAUGUUAUCUAUUUAAGAACUUUUUGCUGUAUUCCCUGUAUGGAAAGAAACUGGCACAUAUUCCUCCUGUAUGGAAUGAAACGCUGUGAAUAUGACAGAAAGAGUUUUCAGUUAAUUUAAAAUUUCUGUCUGUUUUCCAUGGCCUCCUGCAGAGGGCAUAAAUUAUAAAAGAGUCCCAAGUUUUUAUUAUCCUUUAUAGUCGCCUUUUAUUUUAAUCGCUUUGAUUUUACAUUGCUAUCUUUAAUGGGGUGUCUUGUUGGUGUAUCAUCAGAGUUAGUCGGAAGCACGUGCAGCAUGAAUUGAAUGGCAGGAAUUUGCAUCGUGUGCCCUGCAUUUUUUUUAAAAAGCCAUCCGCACCUUGUCUUCUUUUUUUUCUGAUGAAGUGUCUGGCUACAAUCUCUUUGUGGACAGAUCGCUUCGAAAAAGUAAAUUAUGCUUCUGGGCACGAUGGAAAGAAGAAUCAAUCUCAUUCAAGAAAUUUCCUGUCUAUAGAUCACGGAGAGCUUAUCAACAGCAAGUAUCAGAGUGAAAACCCUUAUUCUUUGGCAAUUCCCGUUGAUGGAUGCUGUAAUAGUGAGGCUGCGCAAUUGCUGAGUGAACGUAAGUCUGGUGAUUUGCAUUGUUCCAUGGUUAUUCCUAGAUAGAAAAGUGUGCGAAAUUAUAAAAUCAUUUCUUUUAAUCCCGUCCAAACCAGUUGAAUAGUUUUCAGGGGCUUGCUAUCCUACGAAUCGUGUGCCUGGAUUCAAGAUAUUUAUCUUUAAUCCUUUUCGAAUCAUUCUAGUUCUUCUACCUGAAGCAUUUUCUUCUGUUGAUAAGCUUGCCAUUUUGGUGGUAUGUGCUUAAUAAACAUUGGUUUACCUCAUUUAUGUUGGUUGGAUAGAGCCGCUCCACUGAUCUCCUUUUUCAUGGAGAAAUCCUUCCUGGGUUGCAUUAGGGAGGAACUCGCUGAUGCUGGGUAAAUCUUUCUGAUUUUAUGGUUGAUCUGAGACGUAUCUCUCAGAUUCAAGACGUAUCUAUUUUUCAGCAUGAGUACCACCAGAGGAAGAAAAAGAGGGAAUUAAAGGGCAGAAGAAGAAAAGUAAGAAGAAUUGAAAGGGGGAUAGAAGAAACUAGACUCAUCUUGAGAUUGCGAUGAUUACUUUCCCCUUCCAAGAGCUCCUUCCUGCUUAGUUAUCGUCCAAAUGACAGAAACGAAUUGUGUGCUUACUAGGUCAAGAAUUACUGAAAUCCCUUCAUCCACUUCUAUUAUUUUUACUUUUUAUUUUUCAAAAUACUUAUCCAUGAAGGCUUUAUGAGCUAGAAGGAUGAAGGAGGGCAGUCUUUGCUCCCUUGAACAGGUAGUGGGGAAACCGAAAAACAUCUUUUUUGUCUUCCACACAAUGUCAUUGGGCUUAGUAAAUAAAUUCUUAUGCUACAGUAAUUAAACUAGGAGAACGAAUGCGCAUAACACCAGGCAAACCCAACUAGGAAGCUGAUUCAACAUUAUAUGCAAUACCCAAUAGCAUUUGGAUCUCUGGACAAUACAUACACUGCAUUGUAAAUGUUCCGAUUCAAAUUCGAAGAGGGUUUUUCCCACAAACAUGAUUGGGAAGGACGUUGGAAUUGGCUUUAUUUUGUUGUGAAAUGCACUCAUUUGAUGAGUAUUUACAACUUCUGUUGAUUAUUUGAUGUUACAUUCAUAAAAGAAAUUAUUUUUCCUUCAUAUUUAUGCAGGUUGGGCCGCUGCCAUGCAAUCAUGUAAUGACCCAGCUGUAGAUCUAUCUGGUGAGUGCAUAUUUGUACGAAUUCACCAUUGAUUGCCUUCUUAUGUUUCUUUUUUUAGUCAUAUUUUGUCUUUGGAUCGGUUUUGGUCAUAGAACAAAUUUCUGUUUGGAGCGUAAAUGAUUGGAAUAUAAUAGUAACCUCUAAUUACACUAGUGACAGUUAUACGUGCUAAAUUGUAUGCAUGUUGUUUGCUUUUGGAUUCUAUAGACUCGUGCUUAUGAUUGAAUGGCUUUGUAAGAGUCUCUUAGGUCCAUAAUUGCACUGGUUUUUCCCCUCUGAUUUGGAGCCAUUGGUGUAGAAGCUUUGAAUAGAGGAAAAACAUGUGGGCACACAAGAUAUCUUGAAUUAGGAUGGAAGGUAUUCGGUUUUCAGCAAAAAACGUUACUUUUUUUAAUUAGAUCUUCCCGUUUGGGAUAACGGACAUGAUUUCCCUGAUUUACUUAACAUUUUUUAAAAAUCACUUGAUUUUAAGAUUGUAUUCAUUUAGAUUACACAAUGUUUUGAUGAAAGAUGUACCUUUGACCAGAUACUUCUAGCAUUUAUUCUAGAGAUCACUUAUUCAGAGCUUUGUUAUUUUUAAAUUAAAUUAUUUUUUGAAGAAAAACAUGCACGUCUAUGUGAGAUUACUUGGUAAAAAGGGUAUGUUUUCAUUAAAAAGUUAUGGAAUAUAUAAAAAAAUCUUGAAUGGAAUAGAUUUAUGUUGUAGUACCGCAUAGAUAGUGCACAAUUUCAUUGUGAAAUACUAAUUUUAAUUAUGCAAGAAGACCCCUCUAUGUGUCUGCCGAUAAAAAUAUUAAAAAUUAUUCCGUCUGUGGAGAUCGCACUGCAUUCAAGCUGAGCGAUAAAAAUUGAGAGCAUGGUUAACCAAGCCACAUCCUCUACAACUUUCAGAGAGGAGUAACUCCUCUGCUACCUUUCAUUGUUUUCUUUUGAAGCAGACAGACCAGUUAUGUAUGCCGGAGCCGGUGGACCAGCCUGGGGACAGUUGAACCUCCCUCAUCAGGUAGUGUUUUCGUUCCCCCCUGACCUUUAAAUUUCAUUUCCUUUUGUGUCCCACUUUCGGGCUUCAUCCCUUCCCUUCAAGUAUUUUGCCUCUGCAGAUGGAUUUCUUGGCUGAGCUCCGGCGUGCAUAUCACAGCUCCCUCUCUUCCACGCCCUCCUGUGGUAGGUGA